AUGGCCCUCAAGGUCACCGAGGAUAGAAUCAUCAUCGGAGCACCGGGCUUGCUGGUGUGGUCAGGUGGAAUAGUACAAUACACAUAUAAUCCUGCUGAAAAUAGUAUUAGUUAUUUUCAAGAAGCAACUUACAAUCCUUUCUUCACUUACGAUGUUCGCCCCGACGAAUAUUUUGGAUACAGCGUGGAAUCCGGUGUGUUCGAGGAUGGCGGUAAGACUCUCUAUGUGGUCGGGGGUCCGAGGGGAAUACGAGGCUUUGGCAUGGUCCUAGUGAUUGAGCCCGCUACUACAGAAGUGGCGCCUCUCAAUAUCCUUGCCAAACUCGAAGGCCCACAACUUGGUGCUUAUUUUGGCGCUAGUCUCAGCUGCUUAGACAUUAACGCCGAUGGCAGAAUAGACCUUCUUGUUGGGGCCCCCAACUAUGUGAAGCAGUUUUAUAAAGAUGAUUUAUAUGACCAAGGAUCAGUGUUCGUUUAUUUAAACAAAGAACAGGAGACAGGUUUUGUUCUUGAGUACGCUGGGCACGUGACCGGAUCAGAAAUCAAUGGAGCAAAGUUCGGCUACUCUAUUGCAGAUCUAGGAGACGUAGAUGUAGAUGGAUACCAUGAUGUAGCUGUCAGCUCCCCUUGGGAAAAUGAGGGCGUAAUUUAUAGAGGAGACAAAAACGGACUUAGAAGUCGUUAUAUGCAAAGAAUCGUGGCGAGUGAAGCUCGUGGAUUUGGCAUGGGUUUAACAAAGGGCUUCGAUGUGGACCAUAAUAAUUGUAAUGACCUGGUUAUUGGUGCGUACAAGACCAAUGCAGUCUAUAUGUACAGAUGUAUUCCUACAGUAAAAGUUGAAGCAAUUAUUAAGGUACCGGGGGCACUCAACUUGCCGCAAAACACGACGAAUUUCACUGCUGAAUUCUGCGUGAACGUGCGGCCGCUAAAGGACUAUAAUAGGACUGUAAUCAACAUGGAAUUCAAUGCAUUGGUAUCUAUAGACCCUGAGGGAAAACGAGCAAUAAUUGCUGGAAAUUCAAUACACUCAUACAAAGUAUUCGCUACGUCUUUGUCUGACAAUUGCGAUGUUAAAAUUAUUGAAAUGGAGAUUUCAUCAGAUCUAUCAAGACCUAUAAAGAUAUUAUUUGAUCUGGAACCUAUCGAUAGAAUGCAAGUCAAUCCCACUCAGUUUAAAUCGGACGCUGGGAGAGAGUCCGAAGACUCCAAUUUACACUCAACUUUGAAUCUUCAAUUGGUGAAAGAAUGCGGAAAGGAUCUUAUUUGCUCACCGUGGCUCGAAAUGAGCAUAGAACCAAUCAAUGAACCUUACAUUCCAGGUUCUGUAGGAAGACUUGGAGCUAUCGUCAGGGUACUCAGUAAAGAAGAACCGGCGUUUGGAGUACGCAUCAACUUGACGUUGCCUUCGCUGCCUAAGAGGGUGCCGAAGACAUGUUUUUUACAAGGCACGGGAUUAAACUUGACCUGUAACCUACCUUCGCCAUUCUACCGAAAUCAAACCGAGACAUGGGAAGUUGAAUUCGAAUACACCCAGGAAAUGAGAGAUAUGGGUGUAGCCAUGAUAGAUGCAAUCAUCGACGAUCCUGUGACCAACAGAAUCAUCAGCGGUAACUCUUCGCAGUACCUGGAGAUCACUAUUAUGCCUAUGGCAAAUAUUAGCGCCACUGGAAAAGCACUACCAAACACAACAUUGCCAGUUUCUAGAGGAAAAUUGAAUGAGGGUGGCCAUAUUCCAGUUGUUCACUAUUUUCAGGUGCACCUUGCCUCAAAAGAAAUAGCCGGCUGCGAAGAGAGCGGGGACCCUGACAGCUUGGUCCUGGCGUGCACCUGGUCUGUGAACGCCAUGCAGUCCUUGCCUGUCGUGCUGUCGCUUCGCUACGAUCUUGAUGCAAACGGAAAAUCUCUCAUGGCAGAUACGACACACAACAUAUCCUCAACUUUAUUCCUUGAUCGGCAAAAUAAAUCGAUCACCCUCACUACAACAUUGAUUUUGGACCAGGCUCCUGAGCUUUGGAUAGCAUUUGUAAUAGCUAUAACCGUCGGCCUUCUAUUGCUGGCUAUUUUAUCCUAUACUUUAUACAAAUGCGGAUUCUUCUCGAGGAUAGAUCCUCAAGAAUUAGAGAAACGUCAGAAAAACAAGAUACCUCUUGAAGACCCUGGCUGUUAUUCCAGACUCCAUUCUCAAUCAGAAACUGUAGCUACUCUUGGAUUGAAUGAAGGAAAUUAUAACUGGGUUGAUUCAUCUGAACUCGGCAAUAGUAGCAGCCUCCCAGCAAUCCCUUUUCAAGGCCCGUCUACGUCUAAUACGCUAAAUACGAACUGUUCUCGUUCGCCUACAACUAUUUCAGAAGUAACGGCAUUUUACAAGUCUCUCCAAAGACAGCUAUCGUUGGAGUCAGAUUCUGGCAUUAUUGAUUAG